AGGUGUAGGAGGGGAGAUGCGGCUGCAACGCUCGAAGUUGAAGGGAAGAACGGUCACUAUGGAAACGGGGCCUAGUGCCGACCUCUGCAGCCUGGAUCCCGGGCCUGUAGGCCUCAGCCGUUCGUGGGCCGGAUGCGAGGGAUUUCUGCCGCCUUUGCCGCGCUCGGGGCCCUAAGGAAUUGGUCCUCUUACCAUGCCUCCUGGGAAGCCAGGGAAUAGAGACUCCUUGAUCCUGCAGUGCGAGUGGGCGAUGUGCAGUUUUGUGGCCUCGCAGAUGGAAGAGUUCUGUGAACAUGUGUCAAAGCACCUGAAGCAGCACCUUCAUGGCGAAGACGAGGAAGAUGACAUGGAUUCACUUGAAGAAUACUCUUGCCUUUGGCAGGAGUGUGGGUUCUGUUCUCCAGAAAGUCCUGCGGAGCUGGUCCGCCACGUUUACUUCCACUGUUAUCACACUAAAUUGAAGCAGUGGGGCCUGCAAGCCUUGCAAAGCCAGUCAGACCUGAACCCCUGCCAGCUGGACUUCCAGAGCCGGAACAUCAUCCCUGAAAUUCAGGAGAACUUCCUCUGCCUCUGGGAGUAUUGUGAGCUAGCGUUCGAUAACCCUGAGUGGUUCUACCGGCAUGUGGAGGACCACAGUUUCUGCACAGAGUACAAGGCCAUUGGAAAAGAAAAUCACAUGGUGUUCUGCGGUUGGAAAGACUGCGACUGCACCUUCAAGGGCCGGUGCAAGCUGCGUGAACACCUUCGCAGCCACACACAGGAGAAAGUGGUGGCUUGUCCCACCUGUGGUGGGAUGUUCUCCAACAAUACCAAGUUCUUUGACCACCUCCGCCGACAGACAGCUUUGGAACAACAGCGUUUCCAGUGCUCGCACUGCUCCAAGAGGUUUGCCACAGAGAGGUUGUUGCGGGAUCACAUGAGGAACCACGUCAACCACUACAAGUGCCCGUUGUGUGACAUGACCUGCCCUCUGCCCUCCUCCCUGCGCAACCACAUCCGCUUCCGGCACAGCGAGGAGCGGCCCUUCAAGUGCAGUUACUGCGACCACAGCUGUAAGAAUCUCAUUGAUUUACGGAAACACUUGGAUACGCACAGCAAAGAGCCCGCUUACCGCUGCGAGUUUGAAUCCUGCAGCUUCAGCGCCCGGUCCCUCUGCUCCAUCAAGCUGCACUACAAGAAAGUCCACGAGGGUGACUCUGAGCCCCGCUACAAAUGCCACGUCUGCGGCAAAUGCUUCACCCGCGGGAACAACCUUACGGUGCAUCUGAGGAAAAAGCAUCAGUUCAAAUGGCCCUCAGGGCACCCUCGCUUCAGGUACAAGGAACACGAGGACGGCUACAUGCGGCUGCAGCUGGUGCGCUACGAAAGCGUGGAGCUCACGGAGCAGCUGCUGAAAGACCGGGAAAAGCAAGGAGAGAUGCUAGAGGAGGAGGCUGCUCAAUGCAUGGUGCUGGCGGGGGCCGAGGGCAACCUGCAGGGCAUUAUCCUCGAACCGUCGUCGGCAGAAGAGGAAGCCGAGGUGGAGGACUUGCACAUGGAUAUGCCUCCGCAGCAAGACGGUGACGAUGAUGCCUCCUCCCCAGACCGUGAGCACAGCGCACCACCGAGCCCCAUCAUCCGCGUGGUGAGCCGUACCAACGAGCUUGGGGAAAAUGAGACCGUCUACUAUGUCCUCGCCAACACUUCCUCUGAGAGCCGGGCGGUAGGGCCAGCCCUGGGAUCGGCCCCCGAGCCAGAAGAGAACGUCAUGGACAGGCUCCAGAAGACAGCAGAGGAGCUGGGCAUUCAGAUUGUGUGAGGCUCUUCUCAUCCACAUCAGGCCCUUUGCUCCUUGUUCUUUGGGUUCCUUUGGUUACUGGUGCUACCUAGGAAAGCGAGGAAGGGGCUUUGCUUUUGCAAGACAGCACUCCAUGGAUCCCAAGCUCCACAUAAGGUUUCCUUCCAUAUCUCUGUUUACACCUUUUAAUGCAGCCAUGGACAAACAGCCAGUAUUGUGGGAGUUGAAGUCCAAAACACCUCGAAGGCCAGAGUUUGCCCAUGCCUGCUUUAAUGGUAGAGAGGAAAAAGAAGGCCCAAUUCUAAUGGUGCUCAGUGUGGAAAGCAAGGACCGGUUCUCCAGUCAGAGAUGUUGAGGUAACUUGUUGCAGCCAACGGUGCUGAGGAACAUAAAACAUCAAGAUUGUGUUGACGUGUUGGGAAUAUCUCCCCAUUGCCAGAAAGAGUUUUUGCUUCCUGCCACAUCUCCUUCCUUGCCUUAAACUCCACAGUCAGAAAUGCUUCCUCCUCCUCGGGUCCAUUCCUAAACACCCCUGACUCUGCUUUAGAGUUUUUAAAAUCUUUUAGCUAAUCUCUGACUGGUUCUGCAUCUUUCAUGCUCUUUGAACAACUGACGUCCCAAGAUACGAGUUUGAACCCUGGCAUCUCUUGUCUCUGAGGGCAAAGGACACGGGUCUUUGGCAGUCUAUUUUUUUUCCCAUGCCACAGCUUGUUGCUUCCUUGCUGUUUUUGCUUUGUUGUGGCUAGAUUGCCUCCCUGCUCCCUCAAGAUGGAGGGGAAGAAAGGACCUUAAUACUUGCCAAUGGGGUUUUCCCCCACAUUGGGGGGGCCUCCACUUCCUGCCUUGAAAAGUUUGUGCUAACAUAAAAUGACAAUAAAAUAGCAAACUACAACGGGA